UCGUCGCCAUUUGGGCGCUUCUUUGUUGCGGAGGAAGCACCGAAACUAGUUUCCAAGACGGGGGGAGAUCGGAGAUCAUGAGAGGAGAAGUUCUAAGCGCGUACAGAGCAUUGCUCAGGGCAACCCACAAGUCCUUCGCCGGCGACACUUUGAUGCUGACGGAGUCCGCCGCCGAGGUCCGCCGGAAAUUCGAAGAGAGCCGCCACGUGACCUCCGAGGCCGAGAUUCGCAAACUGCUCGAAGAAGCUCGGGAGGCCUCCCAUUUCAUCUCCAAUAUGAUCGUUCAGGCCAAGCUCACUUCUCGUGGCGGUUAUGAAAUGAAGCCGAGUAAAGAUCAUGCUGGUGCAACGCUUGAAGUGCCUUCAGAAGAGCUUCUGCGCAAAUCUGGAUAAGAUGGUGGAUUUCUCUGCAAUAAUUGCUUUAAAUUUCAGUUAUUUGCUUGACUGAUCAGCAUUUUGAUCAUUCCCUUUGAAGAAUUUGAAACCUUUUUCUGUUUCCUCUUGUUGGUUGGUUCAUUGCAUAUCUAUAUUUCUUUGUGGUUGGUCUAUGGUUCUUGUUGGGGCUAUAGAAAGCCUCAACUUCUUACCCUUUUAGCCAAUUGAUGAGAAGGGAAAGUUGGACUCAAAUUUCAAAAUUUAGCUUAAAAUUAUGUCAGUGAAUGAAAUUUUUCGAGGAAAACUCUUAUAGCUA